CACUCUGUUCCGCUGGACACCCAAUGGGAGGGACUAAAGUGUGCAUCACCCACGGGGAGUACACUAACUCCCGCUUGUAACACUGUGCUGAAUACGAUGACAGAGUAUCUUUAGCUUGAACGUAUGUGCAUGACUUUGCCUCGCUUGAAAAACGCCGGUUUGCGCGGAGCCGUGGCUACGUUUGAACUGAGAGAUAUUCCAAAGGGUUGACACACACCCUUCUCAGACUUCUCGUAUUUCACAAUGUCGAUGACCUGAUCUACAGGGCAGGUGGCACUUGCAACAACUGUGCGAUGGCCAGUCCAGAGUAUGUGAUCGAGCCAGCGGCUCAGAGCUCGACAGCACCUAACCUGGGCAGAAGACGCUUCUCGCACGACCUCCACAAUCUGAGAUCAGAUGAGUUAGACUGCCUCAUGUCCAGCAGUGAUGGCCGUCCUUUCCUGGUGGUGCAUCAUCUUGUGGAAAUAAAGGAGGCGGGUGUACCUUACUUAAUGCCUGGUAUUCCUAUUACAUGCAAGGUGGACAACACAGAGAAAUACACUACUCGCUCGAAGGUCCAUGUAGGCACCCUGUACACUGUGCGGCUAACACAUGGUAAUUUCCACUGGACAGUGAAGAGGAAGUACAAGCACUUUCAGGAGCUGCAUCGAGACCUUUACAAACACAGGAUGAUGAUUCACUUGCUGCCUCUGGGAAGAUUUGCAAAGGAGAGGCAUCAGCUGAGAGCUAUGUCGGAGGAAAUGCCCAGCCUGCAUGGUACUGAACGGACCAGAAGGACCUCCAGCAAAAUGAAAUACCUUGAAGAGUACCUGAAUGGUCUGCUGGAGAACACAUUCUGUAGGAAUGAUCACAGCAUGCUGGAAUUCCUCUCUGUCAGUGCUCUCUCCUUCAUUACUGAUCUGGGACCCAAAGGCUUGGAGGGGCCCAUCUUCAAGAGGUCAGGGGGCCACCGGAUCCAAGGCCUGAACUGCAUUGGCCAUCAUCAGUUCUGUUUCCGCUGGUCACGCCGUUGGCUGGUGGUGAAAGACUCCUUCCUGAUGUAUAUGAAUCGUGACAAGGGCUGCAUUAACUUUGUGUUGCUGUUUGACCCAGAGUUCAAAGUGAAAGUAGGCCGUGCUUACACAGACACUAAAUAUGGAGUCUGCAUUGAGAACUUCGCUCGGAGUCUGAUCAUCAAGUGCAGCAGCUAUAGACAAGCUCAUUGGUGGAGUCAUGAAAUCAACAGGCUGGCAGAAUCCUCUGACUUUCUCAAAGUGCAACGCUUUGAGGGGUUUGCUCCACCACGCAAGAAUACACUGACUAAAUGGUAUGUGAAUGGAAGUCGCUACUUUGCAGACCUGGCUGAUGCUCUUGAACAAGCCAAGGAGGAAAUCUUCAUCACAGACUGGUGGCUCAGCCCUGAAGUGUUCCUAAAGAGACCAGCGACUGAUGAUUACUGGCGCCUGGAUGAGAUACUCAAACGCAAAGCAGAACAAGGAGUCAAAGUGUGUGUUCUGCUGUACAAAGAGGUAGAGCUAGCACUUGGCAUCAAUAGUGAGCACAGCAAGAGGACUCUUAUGAAUAUGCACCCAAACAUCAAGGUAAUGCGACACCCUGACCAUGUGUCGUCUGUGGUGUUCCUAUGGGCUCACCAUGAAAAGAUGGUGGCUAUUGACCAAACAGUCGCCUUUGUCGGGGGGCUGGACCUGGCCUUUGGGAGGUGGGAUGACAGCCAGUACCGGCUAACUGACCUGGGUUUGACAGAUAUGUCCAUCAGUGUAACUGAGGAGGAGUCAAAGGGAGAUGCAGGAGAUAAUGGUGUAGCUGAUGGUCCAAAACCAUCUGAACCAGAUAAGCAAGCAGAGCAGGACCCUGAGUGUCUGUCUGGCAACACUAAACUGUGGCUUGGCAAAGACUACAGCAACUUUAUCAGGAAAGACUGGGUCCAAUUGGACAGACCAUUUGAAGAUAACAUCAACCGUACACAAGUUCCUCGCAUGCCGUGGCGUGAUCUGUGUGCAGCUAUUCAUGGCAGAGCUGCCAGAGAUGUAGCCCGACACUUCAUCCAGCGCUGGAACUUCACCAAGAUCUUCAAAAACAAAUACAAGGAUGACUUUUACCCUUACCUUCUUCCCAAGUCUCAGUGUACUGCUGACUCACUCUCAUUCACUGUGCCUGGGUCCAAGAAAGCCAAAGUGCAGGUGUUGCGCUCUGCCGAUCGAUGGUCAGCUGGAACCUGUGAGAACUCAAUUCUGAACGCCUACAUCCACACCAUUGAGAACAGCGAGCACUACAUCUACAUUGAGAACCAGUUCUUCAUCAGCUGUGCCGACGGGAAGACCGUCCAUAACGGGAUCGGGGAUGCAAUUGUGAAGCGAAUCCUGCGUGCACACAGAGAGCAGAAGAAGUACAGAGUGUUUGUGGUGAUUCCUCUGCUUCCUGGAUUUGAGGGAGACAUCAGUGCAGGUGGUGGAAAUGCCAUCCAAGCUAUUCUGCACUUCACAUACAGGACCAUUUGCCGAGGGGAACACUCCAUCCUGUCAAGGCUUAGUGAAAUUGAAGACCAGUGGACAGAGUACAUCACACUCUGUGGCCUUAGAACACAUUCUCAGCUCUCCCAGUCACUUGUCACAGAGCUCAUCUAUGUUCACAGUAAGACCCUCAUUGCUGAUGACCGCUGCUAUAUCAUUGGAUCAGCCAACAUCAACGACCGCAGCAUGCUGGGCAGUAGAGAUAGUGAGUUGGCAGUGUUUGUGGAAGAUGAAGAGAGGGUCUCAUCCAUCAUGGGAGGGGAAGAGUAUCAGGCAGGACCCCUCACACUUGCUCUGCGCAAAGAGUGUUUCAGUGUUCUUGUUGGAGCCUCUUCAGACCCCAGUAUCAAUAUUAAUGAUCCAAUCAGUGACGAUUUCUUCUUCUUGGUCUGGAAUGAAUCUGCUAAACUGAAUGCCACCAUUUAUGACAAGGUCUUCAAAUGCCUGCCCCACAACACGGUCCACAACAUGCGAGACCUGAAGGAGUACUGCAGCAAGGAACGCCUCUGCGAUACAGACCCUGACCAGGCCAUAGAGGAGCUGAAGGCUGUCCGAGGGCUGCUGGUAUACUUCCCCCUGAUGUUUCUAUGUGAGGAGAACCUGCUGCCUCCACUGGGCACUAAAGAGGGCAUCGCUCCUGUAGGGCUGUGGACAUAACCACAACUCAGCCCAGAUCAGACCACUACAUAACAGCUAAAGGGCUCUUGUACCACAUGCUCCUCCUUGUAGUUUUAGGUCACCUAAUGUUCAGUACAAUACACUAAAUUAGUAACAGCAGUGGCAUUUCACUGGUGAGAAAAAGACAUCACCUUAACCCAAUGUAUUUGUUAUUAAUUGCGGUUUUUUAUAUUGUGUGUUGACCGACAAUGGGCUAGUCUGAACAUAACCACUGACGUAGAUUUUAUGAUGACUGACAAUCUGUUAGAACAGUAGAUUAACCUGUACUGACCAGUUUGUUCUUGAUGGCAGUGUCUGUUUCAUAACCUCUACAGUGCAAUCUGAACUGCGGGGCUGGCAGAGGUGCAAAACACAUAUCAAUGAAUGUAUGAGUCAGGAGAGCAUUUUAAGGUUGUAUUGGAAAUCAAACAUCUCACAUGAUCUGGGAACAUAGUGUACAUUUAUUGGUGCAAGGUUUUUGGGUGGGUGGGUGGCUCUGUCUCUCUCUCUUUCUCUCGCUCUCACUCUUUCCCUCCGAGGCUUCACCUCUCACUGCAGUGCCAGCAAAUCUGUCAGAACAUUUGUGGUUGUUAUGGUGAUGGAUAUAAAGAGAUAACUGGAUUGGAGCUGAAAUAAAGACUGGAUAGGGCAGCAAAGGGAGAGCACUGAUAAGAGGGAUAACUUGCUAAAUCAGGAUGGUGUAUAUUCAAACAAGACCAACAAGAUCUGUUGAAGCAAAGUCAUUUUAAGUUUUGUUGAUAUGAUAUGAUCGGGUGGCAAAACUGAGAGAGGGAAAGAAAAGAAGAUAAAUGAAGGGUGCUAGGUUGAUUUACUGUUAAUUGUCACAUUGUUUUAAACAGUCACUGUGACAACCAAGUGAAUUAUUGUUUCACCAUGUUGUCAGCAUUCCAGAACACAACAUUCCACUAUCCAGCUGACUUUGAGAAAACUGUGUAAAGCAGAGACACGUAUUGUCUGAUCAUGGCAUUUUUUCAGCUAUUUCCGUGUCAGCUCCACAAUGUUGUGUCUAGAGGCCCUACGCCAUCUUGCAUGUCUGUCCUAUAUUAGUAUUUUGCUCACAUUACACAUUUGUUUAGGUGCAUUACAUCUAGCCAUUGCACUGAAACUUAGCAGUGACAUAAUGUGGCUUUCAUUCAUGGUGCAAUUCUCAUAGUUACAGCAGCAUCAAGACAUUUUUAAUCUUAAACUGCAAAUUAUUUGAAGUUUUCUUUGAUAUAAAAUCAUGUUAGUUAUUCUCUUGAAACCUGUUAAUUUCUUUCACUCAGCCAUGAGGAAUUGAGUGACAACUAUUGAGCAAUCUGGAAAAGUCUUGCACUGUACAAAUAUGUAGCAUCGGUGGUAAAUGUAGAAAGGCAACUACCCCACCUUUGAAAUAUUGUACU